CUUGUUUUCUCUCUAUGCCUUAUACAGCGAUGGGUGGGCUCCCUCUCCAUGGGCAUGAUCUUCUUCUGUUCUCCCAUUGUCAGCGUCUUCACUGACAUCCUCGGCUGCAGGAUUACUGCAGUGGGUGGUGCUGCUGUCGGCCUGGUCGGCCUCCUGGCCAGCUCCUUUGUCACGUCCCUGGGUCCCAUGUACUUCACCUAUGGCAUUGUGUUUGCUUGUGGCUGCUCUUUCGCCUACCAGCCCAGCCUCGUCAUUCUGGGUCACUACUUCAAGCGGCGCCUGGGCCUGGUGAAUGGCAUUGUGACGGCUGGCAGCAGCAUCUUCACUAUUACUUUACCAUUUGUGCUGUCGGGCCUGCUGGAAAAAGUUGGCCUCCAGAACACCAUGCGUGUCCUCUGCAUCCUCAUGUUUGUGCUGAUGCUGGCUGGCUUCACCUACAAGCCCCUCCUGCCCGUCAAAUCCACUAACACCCAAACAGGCAGAAAGUUCCCACCCAUGAGCCAGGUCUUCAACAUCAACAUCUGGAAGUCUUUGGGAUAUCGCAUUUGGGCUUUCGGUAUCCCUGCAGCUCUCUAUGGCUACUUUGUGCCUUAUGUCCACCUGAUGAAGCAUGUUGAGGAGCGUUUUGGACCAGAAGCCAAUAAAGAGGUUCUGCUCAUGUGCAUUGGCAUCACAUCCGGCGUAGGCCGUCUCAUCUUUGGUAGGGUGGCAGACUAUGUUAAUGGAGUCAACAAAGUCUACCUGCAGGUGACUUCCUUCUUUGUCAUUGGCCUCAUGUCCAUGAUGAUCCCUCUGUGCAACAUCUUUGGCGGGCUGAUUGCAGUGUGCCUGCUGAUGGGAUUGUUUGAUGGCUGCUUCAUCUGCAUCAUGGCCCCUAUCGCCUUCGAGCUGGUUGGGGCCAAUGACGUGUCCCAAGCCAUUGGCUUCCUGCUGGGCCUGAUGUCUGUGCCCAUGACUGUGGGCCCCCCCAUAGCAGGCUUCCUGAGGGACAGACUAGGUAACUACGACGUGGCCUUCUACCUGGCAGGCAUCCCCCCGAUCUUCGGAGGAACCUUGUUAUGUUUGAUACCCUGGGUGGAGGCCAGGCGCAAGAGGGGCAAGAAGGAGGUCCAGAACAAGGAGCAAGACGUCACCCAGAAGAUGAUAGAGCACGAGAAGGCUCAGGAAGACGCACAACAGUGCAAAACUGGAGAGUCUGUUCUUUAAGUGCCCCACUGACUGACUGAAAGAGAGACACAAAGGGUCAGACUGAGACUGCUGCUGACCAUCAGCAUUAAGUGUGUGUGUGCGUAUGUGUGUGUGUGUGUGUGUGUGUGAGAGAGAGAGAGAGAGAGAGAGAGAGAGAGUUAUAAUGCCUUUAAUAGGAGAAUGUCAGAAAAUGCCAAAGUGAUAAAACAUAUCAGAUAGAACACAGUAUGUGAUCAUUGAGAACUAUGCAUUAGAUUAAAUUAGGCUGAGCUAAGCGUAGAGGAGGAAAACCUGAAGCUUAAAUGAAAGUGGAAAGUGGGGUUUUGGAGUUAGGAGGUCAUUAUUAGUGUUAGUUGUGAAGCUCUGGGGUAGUCCGAGCUGUAAAUGUGACACAUCAUGGCAAGACAAGCAGUACUAUCCCCCAGACUGGAUCCAGGAAAUCUGAUCUUUUAUACAGUGGACUGUAUUCAUGGCUGAAUUUCCAAAUGGUGUGUAGGGGGUGGGGUAUAAUCUAACCAUAACUGUACUGUCACAAUUCUACAUUUUUGGGAAAUGCGCUGUUCGCUUUCUAAAUUAAAUGAAUACCACUCUUUGUCAUACUGCAGACAGCAGCUGGUUAGCUUAGCUAGACUGGAAACAGGAGAAGACUGCUACCCUGCCCAGCAAAAUCGGACUCACUAAUUAACCUGCUGUAUCUGUUUUAUUUAAAAAGUAAAAAGGAAAGAACCUAUUCCUUUAACACUAUCACUUAGCCACUACAAAUACACCCACUUUCAGAACCAAAAUACUCAUUCAUAUUGUGUUUGUGUUUAAAUCUGCAUUGGCUGAUUGAAAUAGUAACUUUAAGCAGUGUUUCUUUUAAAACAAACAGCGGUGAGACUUUUACUUUGCAGCAUAAAUUUACAAUGUGAUGACUCUACUACUAAAUGACGAGGUCCAGGUCAUAACCCAAGUGUCACAGUGUUAACAAGAGAUCAGCUGCUUGGAUGGAUGACCUCUUAAAAGGACCAAAAAACAGAAAAUCCUGGAGCAUAUGUAGUUCCUCAACACCUUAUAAAAAGCCUAUUACACAUUUAUCAUCAGUAUUUUAUCAUUUUAGACUAUUUGAAAUGGAACUGAGGAUUUGAGUUUGACUAAUCACUGACUUUGUGACUUUGUAAUUAGUCAAGCUAAGUCAACUUAAUUAUUAAUUCUGUGCCCAGUUCAUUAACCUUUAAUAGAAAGGUGUGUGUUUCAUGUUUCCAUAUUGUAUUUAUUUUUUAGUUUUUGUGGAGAAUGUAAUGCUGUAAUUGAAGGGCAUUUGCCUGAAGCCUUGAUUUCAUGUUCUUAAGACCAAAAUGGGCUGGAAUGAAAAUGGCUGAAAGUGUUAAUCCUGUUUGCUUGUUGUCAUACAUCUCCCUAAAGCUUACAGGUAGUGUCAGUGAACCAUCUGAACAUGUCACUCGUCAGUCUGUCACUGUUGACAGCGACAGAUUGCUUAGGGAAAACUCAAGAGCCCUUUGAAAAACAGUGUACCAUAACAGAAUUGCUGUGGGUUAAUGAUUUUUCCUCUGCAGAACUGUGACACUCUCUACCUCAGAUGAUGGGAAAAAGUAGAACUGUCCCGAGUCUGGACUACCCUGUUCUUCAGAGGCCGUCCAACAGUGUUCAUGUUUGAGCAGUGUGACUACAGAAACACAAAUAAACUGCAAAGUCUUAGAAAAGCUUGAAGUAGCUGCCCAAAGCUUUGUUCUUUAAUGAAAUACCUUAUUUUAUGCAAGGUGUGAGAAACUUAAGCAGUGUUUACUUUUAUAAUCCUCUCUAAAUAUAUAUUUUUAUUAUGACUAAAUCACAUCAGUUGCCUUUCUAUUCAAGCCAAAUUUUUUAAUGUCAUGCAUGACUGUUGUUAGCUGACUUUGUUUGCUUAGUCUAUUUUGAGAUUGAUUACAACUAUAGUGCUAUUCACAAUGAAAGCCUUUAGUAAUUUCUUGUCAGAAAUUACUUAGUUUGUACCUCUGAAUUUUGAUUGUAGACAUCAUCUGUGCCAUCCAAAGAAAUACUUGGGAAAAGUCAAAAAGUGCAUGAUUCUUUUUUAUCCAGUAAUGAUUUUAUACAGUCACAUUGAGACAAACAGCUUUAUAAAACUGCCUUGACAUACAAAGAGUUUUCUGUCUUAAUAGUGUCCACAUAGGCUUUACAGGGAAACAGGACUCUCAUGCCAUUUUUAGAGGCUUUUUGGAUGAGCUUAUGUGCACCAAUAUUGUUUGUUCUUAUUAUUUUGGCUUUGUCAUAUCCAAUCCAACCACUGGCUUUAUUCCAAAUAUCUGUAUAUAUGUAUGCAUUUUGUUUGCAAGUACAGAUAAAGUUUUCCUUCCUUACUUUACUGCAAAGAUUGCAUGUUUGCUAUUUUCAUUCUAUUUUGCAUAAUCUUUGUCUGGUCUGUUUCCUUAAUGCUCAGUUUUGAUAUGUAUGAUCUAUGUUGCAUGUGGUUGAUUAGUCAUGUCUCUCAUGAGUUAACUCAAAUAUUUUCUACUUAAAUAUUAGUUUCUCUGUAUUUGCCAUCUGCUGCAGAAUGUGUGAACUGCAGUAUAUGUAAUAUAUGUAAACCUAAUCAGAUUUCAAUGUUUUCAACACAGUAAAAGAAAAAAAAAGAUGUUUA